AUGAAUUCUCCUGAUCCAGGUUCUCCGAUCUCAACUGAUUCAUCUGAUUCACCUCCACCUGAUGAUUUCCAGUUUGUGCCAAGUGGCCCGAGCGCCCGCGAUCCCCAUACAUCGUUCUUCCAUUCCGCUACGACUCAAAUAUUGGGAAACAUCUCGUCAGUGAUGCCUAGCCCUGGGUCUAAGCGCCGCCUCCCUGGCGGCUCUUCCUUCGAUGGUCCUUCACGGAGAGAUGCAAAGACGAGGAGACGAGAGGAUGCAAUGAGCAUGGCGGGAAAUUCUCGCCGAAUGACGGAAAGCCAAAAUCAAAAUAUAGGAGGAAGUAACUCUGGAAUGACUGCAAGUAAUGCCUGGGGAGCGAAGAGUGAACACGGGAGCAGGCGUGAUAAAGAAGACCUUGUUGAUGUUUCAAUGGCAGAACAACUUAGAAAAGAAUUUGGAGACCCGUUCUUGGAGACAGCCAUUAAGAGCCCAAGUUGA